GCCCAGCUUCCCGGGAGCGCCGAAGGAAGGCGUGGGUGGGUGCGUGGCUUCGGGCCGGCCGGUGCCCUCCUAAACCCCGUGACCCCUAAGGAAAGGUGGACAAGUCCUAUUUUCAAGAGGAGAAGAUGACUUUUAAUAGUUGUGAAGCCUCUAAACCUUGUGUACCUGCAGAUCUCAAUAAGGAUGAAGAAUUUGUAGAAGAGUGUAAUAGAUUAAAGACUUUCGCUAAUUUCCCAAGCAGUAGUCCUGUUUCGGCAUCAACGCUGGCACGAGCGGGUUUUCUGUACACUGGUGAAGGGGACACCGUGCGCUGCUUCAGCUGCCGCGCGGCAGUAGAUCGAUGGCAGUACGGAGACUCCGCGGUUGGAAGACACCGGAAAGUAUCCCCAAAUUGCAGAUUUAUCAACGGCUUUUAUUUUGAAAAUAAUGUCGGGCAACCGACAAAUCCUGGUAUCCAGAAUGGUCAGUAUAAAGCUGAAAACUAUCUGGGGAACAGAAAUCACUUUGUUGUAGACAGGCCAUCCGAGACCCACGCAGACUAUCUUUUGAGAACUGGACAGGUCGUAGAUCUAUCAGACACCAUCUACCCGAGGAACCCUGCCAUGUAUAGUGAGGAAGCUAGAUUAAAGUCCUUUCAGAACUGGCCAGACUAUGCCCACCUGACCCCGAGAGAGUUAGCUAGCGCCGGACUCUACUACACGGGUGUUGAUGAUCAAGUGCAGUGCUUUUGCUGUGGUGGAAAACUGAAAAAUUGGGAACCUUGCGAUCGGGCGUGGUCAGAACACAGGCGACACUUUCCUAAUUGCUUCUUUGUUUUGGGCCGGAAUAUCAAUGUUCGAAGUGAAUCUGAUAGGAGUUUCCCCAUUUCAACAAAUGCUCCGAGAAAUCCAUCCAUGGCAGAUUAUGAAGCACGGAUCGUCACUUUUGGGACGUGGAUGUACUCCAUUGACAAGGAGCAGCUUGCAAGAGCUGGAUUUUAUGCUUUAGGGGAAGGUGACAAAGUGAAAUGCUUCUACUGUGGAGGAGGGCUCACUGAUUGGAAGCCCAGUGAAGACCCUUGGGAACAACAUGCUAAGUGGUAUCCAGGGUGUAAAUAUCUGUUAGAAGAGAAGGGACAAGAAUAUGUAACCAAUAUUCAUUUAACCCAUUCACUUGAGGACUCUAUGGUGAGAACUGCUGAAAAAAUAUCAUCAUUAACCAAAAGAAUUGAUGAUUCCAUCUUCCAAGAUCCUAUGGUACAGCAAGCUAUACGAAUGGGAUUCAAUUUCAGAGACAUUAAGAAAGUAAUGGAGGAAAAAAUUCAGACAUCUGGGAGCAACUAUAAAUCACUCGAGAUUCUGGUUACAGAUCUAGUGAGUGCUCAAAAAGACAAUACACAAGAUGAAUCAAGCCAGACUUCAUUGGAGAAAGAGAUCAGUGCCGAAGAGCAGCUAAGGCUCCUGCAGGAAGAGAAGCUUUGCAAAAUCUGUAUGGACAGAAAUAUUGCUAUGGUUUUUAUUCCUUGCGGACAUCUGGUCACUUGUAAACAAUGUGCUGAAGCAGUUGACAAAUGUCCCAUGUGCUACACAAUCAUUAAAUUCAAGCAAAAAAUUUUUAUGUCUUAAUCUAACUCUACAGUUAGGCACAUUAUGUUCUUCUCAUUACCCUGAUUGAGUGUGUGAUGUGAACUGACUUUAAGUAAUCAGCAUUGAAUGCCAUUAGCAUUUGCUACCAAGUAGACAGAAUGUAAACUGCACUGCUCUAGUUUGUAAUCUCAAAUUUGCAUUUCUGGAUUUGGGGGUAUAUUAACUAUGUUACAUAUCUUACAUAUCUUUUUUUUUUUUUUACUGCUAUUUAAUUGAAAUUGAGUCUAAGCAUCAUAUCAUAACUGACCGCAGCGUGUAUUUGUAGUACACCAACUUGGUUUCUAAGUGUAAGUGAAUUAAUCAACUGAAUUUCUCAUUCUUUUCAUAUAGGCUUAACAAAUGGAGCAUUCUGUGUAAACGUGGAGAUUAGAGUUAAUCUCCCCAAUCACAUAAUUUGUUUUGUGUGAAAAAGGAAUGAACUGUUCCCCACUGGUGGAAAGAUAGAGAUUAUUUUUAGACGUUUGUCUUUGUGUUUUAGGAUUCUGUCCAUUCUCUUUUAAAAUUACACACACGUGCUUGGGUGGGUGUUUCUAAAGAACGAUUUUGCUGUUGUCCAAAGGGUAUUUAAGGAUAGAAUUCCAUUUAGCCAACACAUACUGACGUGGAAAGAUAUCAGAUACAUUAAGUGUAAAAUGAAGUGGCAAAACGCUGUGUAUAGAAUGAGCCAGAUGAAAGUGUGUGUGUGUGUGUGUGUGUGUGUGUGUGUGUGUGUGUGUGUGUUGUAUUUGUACAGAACAAAAGAUGUGGAAAGAUGACGCACCAGACUGUUAAAUGUGGUUUCUCUUGAUGGGGGAUGGGGGGGGUCCCGGGGGGGCGGGGUGCAGGGGCCUUUCACUUUCUAUUUUUUUCAUUUUGUUCUGUUUGAAUUUUUUAUAAGUGUAUUACUUUUGUAAUCAGAAUUUGUAGAAAGUAUUGUACUGAUUUAAAGGCUUAGGCAUGUUCAAACGCCUGCAAAACUACUUAUUGCUCAGCUUUAGUUUUUCUAAUCCAAGAAGGCAGAGCAGUUAACCUUUUUGGUGCCAAUGUGAAACUUCAAUGUUUUAUGUGUUUUCCUGCUUUGUGGAUGAAAAAUAUUUCUGAGUGGUAGUUUUCAGACAGGUAGACCAUGUCUUCUUCUCUUGUUUCAAAAUAAAUAUUCCUGAUUUUGUAAAAUGAAAUAUAAAAUAUGUCUCAGAUCUUCCAAUUAAUUAGUAAGGAUUCACCCUUAAUCCUUGCUAGUUUAAGCCUGCCUAAGUCACUUUACUAAAAGAUCUUUGUUAACCCAGUAUUUUAAACAUCUGUCAGCUUAUGUAGGAAAAAGUAGACGCGUGUUUGUACACUGCUUGUAGUUAGAGUGGCAGCUUUCUGUGUUGACGUUCUCAUAUUGUCUUGUAUCUUAACAUUUUAUGUGCGUUUUUACUGUUAGGAUAAUUAAGAUGUAUAUAGGACAGAAUGUCAAGUCUUUACCUAAAUCGUUUUGUUUUCUUGACUAGUAAUAGUAGUGGAUACUUCUGAAAUGUUCUCUCAAGAUCCUUAAAAUCUCUUGGAAGUUAUAAAAUUUUGAGAGGACUAUGAGAAUACUUGCUUAAAUCUUAAAAAGAAAAUAAAACUUGAACAGGAGUCAAUAUAGACCAAAAAGUGGAAGUUGAAAAGUGCUUCAUAGAACCCUCAGGGUUUUCUUAAUAAGAUUUCUUAAACUGGCCUGUCACAGAGGUGAGUGAGGCAUUUUACUGCGGAGAAACAUUGGAAAGUGAAAUUUAAAAAUUCUAUUUUCAUUGUAUUUUCUAAGAGAAAAAGUACUGUCCUGUUCUCCUAACCUCUGUUGACGACAGUUUUAAGUGAUAAUCAUUUAAAGCAUUGCAAAUUUCAGUUGAGAGCUUUUGAAAUUAAAAACUGACUGCCCUGCCCUUGUUUUAUUGUGUACAUUCUGUUUUUUUACCUUUUGCACAUCCAGUUAGGUUUAGUUAUAUAUUCUUUAAGUUAAAUUUUACAUAUAUAGUCUAAGGUUGGAAUUUUAAUUAUAAGGGGAGAAAAGUGUUCACAUUUUUUUAAAUGCGUUUCCAGAACGUGUCAGUUCCGAGUCAGGUAGUUAGUUCAGUCCAGUUCUUGGCCAAGGACUGAAUUGUUUUAACAUAAGGCUUUUCCUGUUCUGGGAGCCUCAGUUCAUUUAAAACUCUUCUUUUUAAAACUUGUAUGUUUAGAGUGAAGAAAGACCUUUUUUCUCCCUGUGAGCUGUGAAAUGUAAUGCAUGAAGCUGAUGUGGCUAACAAGUUUAUUUUAAGAAUUGUUUAGACAUGCUGUUGCUUCAGAUUCUUAAAUCACUCGGCACUCCAACUUCUAAUCAAAUUUUUUUAAGACUUACCAAUGUUUGUCUGUGUUCUCACUAUAAAAAGCACUGGAUCCUUUCCAUCCGGUUGUGCAAAAAAAUGAUUACUUGCAAGGUCACAAAUAUAACCAGAUCCAAAUCUGUGCCUCCCCUUUCCCAAAAUAGUUCUCCGUAUCUACGUGUAGACAUUCCUUUUCGGUUCUAAAGUUCAUGCUCAAGAUUUCGAAGUCCCCACCUAUUGUACUACAUUUUAGUCAUGUGAAGAGUCAAGUCGUUCUGUAAUAAGUAGUUGUCUUUAUUCAUAAUAAUUUGGUGUGCUGAUCAAAAGCCUUGUUUUAGUUUUUGAAAAAUGGGUUUAAUGUUUAUAAAGUAAACCCCCAGUUUAUUAAUUAAUGGCUUUGUAUUGCCUUCCCUGAUAGAUUUGGGUUUUGGGGGUUCGUUUUCCCUUUUGGCUAGGGGCUGAGGUGGGCCAGGGCCAGGGUGGGUGUCAUGGGUGUGUAUAAUAGGAUUUGGCCCUGCGGAUUAUGAUCUCUGGUUUUUGUUGUUACAUUAUUUAAAUUUUGGUGGUUCUGUUCCUGUUUUCAUUCUAGUGGGUACAACUGGAAUUUUGAACUCUCUGAAAGGAGACUGCCACCACAGCAUUAGUUGCAUGUAUUGUACUCCGUAGGCCCAGGUCGCCAUGUUGUGUCCUAAUUCCCCGGCUGCUAGGAGCGCAAGGGUGGAGGAAUGGGAGGGCUCGGGCAGCUUUUCAUUUCCCCUCGAGAAGUAAGAAAACAAGAGGGGAUAUUUGACAGAGGUAGUUAUUUUUAGUCAAGUCUGCUUUAAAAAGGGGAGAGCUGGGGCGCCGGAAGCUAGGCUCACACAGUUCAAUUUUGGCUCAGGGCGUGAUCUUACGGUUUGUGGGUUCAAGCCUGGCAUCAGGCUCUCCACUGACUGUGGA